AUUGGACGCUUUAAGUAGAUCUUUUAUGCUGUCUCUAGGCAGGUUGGCGAAAUGGAUACUUUUGUUGAGAUUGUACCUUAACAAAAACAAAGUGAUUUUUUUUUCGAAACUAAGUUAAUAAAUAUCAAACAAGUGCGCACAUAAGGCAGACAGGAGGGUACAGUCGGAACUGAAGAGAUUUGGACUUAAGCCGUGGGAGCCGGACACGAGAAGACGUAGUGACGCCGCCACUGCUGGAACAGGGUGCUUCGGGCUCCCCGAUGGCUAUGUCCGUGGAUUUUAAAACUUAUGUAGAUCAGGCAUGCAGAGCUGCUGAGGAAUUUGUCAAUAUUUACUAUGAGACAAUGGAUAAAAGAAGACGGGCACUAACCAGGCUGUAUCUGGACAAAGCCACUUUAAUAUGGAAUGGAAAUGUUGUUACAGGGCUGGAAGCCCUGACUAAUUUUUUUGAGAUGUUGCCUUCUAGUGAGUUCCAGGUCAACAUGCUAGAUUGCCAGCCAGUUCAUGAGCAGGCUACUCAGGCCCAGACGACAGUUCUUGUUGUGACCAGUGGAACUGUGAAGUUUGAUGGAAACAAGCAACACUACUUCAACCAGAACUUCCUGCUGACUGCCCAGUCGACUCCUAACAACACCGUGUGGAAGAUUGCAAGUGACUGCUUCCGUUUUCAAGACUGGGCUAGUAGUUAGAGGGGGCAAAAGUCCAUUCUCUUUUGGUCCAUUAGUUCCAGCAACAGAAAUGUAUGGGAAUUAAUGCGUUUCAUUGUGGAAGCACUACACAUUAGUUCGUGCCGAAACAAAAUUUCGUUACUAUUUUUUCUACCUAGCAGCACCUUUUCUAGCAGCUGCCAGUUUGGAUCAUUGCCCUUAAGAGCUUUAAUGCUAGUUUUCUACAUGCCUUAUAUACCUUUCACUAAUGACAUUCUGAUAGUAACGUUAAACCCACGAUCUCCGUGCUAGCAUACUCACUGUGAGCCCAGCGUAUCGCAAAAAUGAAACCCUUUUAUAGUACUCUGUGGGAUAGCAGCACAGCGUUAACUCUGGGAGGAAGUGGAGUUUUUUGUUGUUAUUAUUAGGUUAAUUUUAUAGAACAGCGCAUACCUGUUUUCGGUAAACACUGGUAAGGUAGUUUUAAUAUAUAGCUUUUUCAAAUCAAUUCAACAAAGACAUGACUAAUUUAAGUUUACAGAACUACUCUGACAUACUAGACUCACAUGUAGACAUGGUCAGUAGGCUUUAUGUUAAGUAAUGUGGGUUUUUCAUGUUGGCAUGUUUUCUUAGGAAGUGAAUGAAUCUACUAGAGAGAUAGAAAAAUGUCCUUGAUGGAUACCUGGGUGUUGGGUACCCUCAGUGGCUUAAAAGCAAACCUUGUUAAAAAAAAAAAAGCUUUUUCUUGGCAGCUCCAGGUCUGUCACUUUAGGUAGUGGAUGGUAGUAGGACUAAUAGCUUUAAUGGGAGGAUGAGGAGUGAGAAACGUUAAGUGAGGCAAGUUAGCCACGAGUAAGGAGGGAUGGCCAAAUGGUACACUUUUGCUACUUGUUUUUCUACCUCCUAAAAAUGUAGCCUAAUUUUAGGAUUUAAGUCCUUAAGGUAAUAUGUAUCAUUGCCAAAUGGUCAUGAAUGGCACUUUGGUUCUAAGAAUUCUUUUUAAAGGUUUUUCCAGUUCACUUCACACUCAUCACCAGUAUAUGUCUCAGUUUCUUCACGAACUUAAUGGGGGGGUAAGAUGUCAGCAAUAAGCCUGACCCAGUAGCAGGGUCUGACAGGAAAGUUGGAAACAAAGCCAUCGCUCUCUUUGGGACCCUUAACUUCUAAGUCUUCCAAGUUAACUUCAGGCCAAAAGUCCCUUCUGCAUUACCCACCCCCAAAGUGAGUGAUUUGUUCCCUGUGUUUACACUGUCAACUGCACAAUCUUUUUACUACUUAAAGUUACAAUUAUUUUAUCUUAUGAUUUGUUCCUCUGUAAGGCAUUGAGCAAAUAGAUCUUUUAUAAAACAUGCUCCUAUUGUGUGGCCAACGCUUUGUCUUUUUAGAGCAAAUAGAGCACAGCAGAGCUUCAUAAGCCCAUACACUUCAAAAGAACCAACUGAUCCAUUUUAUGUCUCAGCAUCUAAAGAGAAAGAAAUCCAGCCUUGGUGUUUAAACGUUCACCGUUUUUCCAUUUUGGAAUGUAUUGUUUUCAUGUUUUUACAUUAGAUGUGCCAGCUUUGUUUCUAUGUUGCAACGCAAUGUUUCCGUCCACUUAAUUUGAAAAUCAGUAAUUUACUCUUUUCUCAAACUAUACAUUACAUUUCUGAUAUAUUAACAAAAUAGAAUGAAGUAGGCGAAGAGGAUGGAAACUGAAACUUGGACCACACUUUCUUGUAGUACUGACUAAAAUUUUCACAUUAUAUUUUAUUCAAAGUGAGCUUAUUCUGAAUUUGGAUUGGCUUUUUAAGACCACAGCAUUAGCAGUAACAAUCAGAUCACCCAAAUACCACCCUUUCCCUUAAGGAGAACAGUCUCAAGUAAAAGCUGCAUAUAACUAAGCAAUAACUGAAUUAAGUGGUUGUAUACUCUUCAUGAAUUGAAUGUCUUAAGACUUGUAUAUGAAUUGCUUUUUCCAAAUUCUGUGUAACUUUUAAAUGGCUGGAACUACUCUUAUAUGGACUAGACUAUUUUUGACAAGCACCUAUUUUUGUAACUUGAAAAAAUAAAAUAAAAGUUGCCUUGUAACAAGUUUUCUCAA